AUGAGCCGUUAUUUUAUCCCAUCAAAAUCUCCCCCGAUCACUUUGGAACGAAUUGACGUCAUUUACCCGAAACAGAAUUAUACACAACUCCAACAACUCGAAACGAACUCCCCAUCGAUUCCUAAACCACGGGCUGUGCCUAAGAAACGUGAGGGUGGGCUGUUUUUAAAAGCAACAUCAAAAGACGAUUUAAUUAAGUCGAGAGGGGAUCGAGAUGCGAUAUUCUAUAAAACGCCACCAGAAAGAGUAGCAGUGCAACACUCUUAUUGUUCUCCAAUUGCUUCCCCAAAUUCCGUGCCAUUCCACCAAAAACAAUCUGGGAGAAUCACAAAAUCUCACAAAAGCGAACAGUUUGAAAAACUCGAAGAAAUCAACGAAAACAUCAUCGAAAAAGCAGAGUCAUGCGAAGUUUCAAAAUUCAAUGACAAACCAGAAAAUGUUAUUAAUUUGGCACAACCGCCUCCAAAGUUCUUCUCAAAACAAAAAAGAGCCGUCAACACACAACUCCCUUUACCUUUGGUUGCUCCAGCUAUCAAUCCAAAGGAACAAAAUUUCGCUCAUACAAGAACCCCUGGCGGUUCAGCUAUUUUAACCGGAGAAACAAAGCAACAAAUCAUGUUUUACUCCCAACGGAAAUUACACCGAAUUGCAGAUAACUUGGUCCUCGACAAAAAAAGAAAAUACAUCACUUUGAAAGCUAAGGAAGGUAACUCAAUUCUCAAAACACCAGCACUGUCUUAUCAACAAAACUUCGCCGAUGAACAAAAGGAGGAACCACUCUUUGUACCACCAAAAACACUCCAACCACUUUCGCAAAUGAAUUUCUUGAAAGUCGGCGUGUCAAUGGUGACAACACCCCAUGGUAUAUACUUCAUGGAACACUGA